GUUGUGGACUUGUGGCGCUCCUUGGCGGACAUCUGCUUAGACGAAACGGCUUCCGUGCACUUUUCGAAGAUAAAAGAUUCCCUACUGAGUAUGGACACAGUUCAACGAAUUGUAUUCCUUUUGAUACCGUUACUGGGACAAUUAGCACAGUACAUAUCUAAGAUGAGCUGCAUACAAUUUCUCCUUUGGAUCACGUAUUUGGUCAGCCGUGCGCCUUUUGCAUGCCUUCAUUUUGCCCACAGCCGGGUUCAGACGGAGUCCGAUAGGCAAACAACCGCAAACCCGCCGGAAGACAGUUAUUGACACAGCAUAUAGUCUCUGUCAUCUUGGGAGGGUUCGUGUACAUCGAUAAAUCUAGCCGGGCCCAUUGGUAGACAGAGCCAGCUACGCAGUCUGAGAAUCUCUGCGUAGGGUUUAUCGAAUAUCCCCGUGUUAGGAGCUUGUGCAGUGCCACACUGGACAUUCACUAAGUUGAUUAAUUCUCAAAUGCCACUCACACAUCUUACUCUGCCAGCCAUCGUCAUCUCAAAACAUUGAAUUUUUGCAAGUUAGUGCUUAUUAAACGGCACAUUCUUUGCGUGAUUUGACAAGGCUGAUCACAAUGUUACCGCAGUACUUUAUACUUACAUGAACCUACCUCAUGGUGGGACAACUGUUGACCGGAAACUGUGUAUACCAAUAUAAUGUUGUCGUGGGACUGCAUACCUUGCGAUUUAUUACCAAUUACGGAUUGAAAAUAUCAGCUGCACCUUGCAUUUCCAGUUAUAAACAUGGACAACGAUAGUGUGGAUUAUAAUUAUUCGAUAAUGGUGCCGGGAAUUAUGACCAGGGAUGAGGAGCUAGCAAAGGUCGAAAUCGGCAUCCUGGGAGCAAUCUUUGCAGUGGCGCUGUUCGGAAAUAUCUCAGUGUUGUCCAUUUUACUAUGGCGCCGAAAAAAGCUGACUCGGAUGUAUUUUUUUAUUUUCCAUUUGUCCAUGGCGGAUCUCAUUGUUGCAUUUUUCAACAUCUUACCUCAAAUGGCGUGGGAUAUAACCUGGCGUUUUCAAGGCAAUGACAUGGGAUGCAAAGUGGUCAAAUUCUUUCAAGUUUUCGCCCUCUAUCUGUCCACGUGGGUGCUUGUAAUGAUGGCGAUCGACCGGCAUGCAGCAAUUUGUAGCCCAAUGAAUGCUUACAACUGGCGUGCCCGUCGGUGUACCAUGAUGAUCGUCUAUGCUUGGAUAUUGUCAGUCGUAUGCAGCCUUCCGCAAAUCUUCAUUUUUUCUCAAAUGGAAGUUUAUCCUGGUGUCCAGGAUUGUUGGGCCACCUUUAUCUCGCCAUGGGGGAAUAAGGCCUACGUAUUGUGGUUUGCUGGAUCCAUUUACGUAAUCCCCCUGAUCAUCUUGUGCAUCACUUACGGCCAAGUUAGCUGGACCAUUUGGCAAACGAUGGUACGGCAUAAGCACAACGGUAGCCUGCGUCUUAAACAGCAGCGCAACGGCACAAGCGCCCUGUCACGCGCGCCUUCCGGUUCCAGCCAUAAUCAUUUCCUGCCCGACACCCGGACACACUCCACGUACAAGCGCGGUCAGAGUUUCACGCGGGCCAAACUGCGCACCGUCAAGCUGACAAUGGUGGUCAUUGUGGCCUAUCUGAUAUGCUGGACGCCCUUCUUCGUCGCCCUAUUAUGGACAACAUUCUUCCCGGACACGGCGUAUGUUAGUGAGCCGGCAUUUGUUAUACUGCUGCUGUUGGCCAAUCUGAACAGUUGCAGCAAUCCGUGGAUUUAUUUAUUCUUUAGCCUUUCGCGCUAUUUCCGUUGUAUUGAGUGGUGUUUGGAUCGGCUGGAGAGUGAGGAACAUAAACGGCUGCGAGCGGUAACACAAACCGUCUGUUUGCCGAGCAGUUCCGGCGCCAGUUUGUUGUACAUGUACAAACCAGCCGGAAUCUUGCCACUGAAUUCCGUUAUGCACAACGGGCAUGUGCAUAGUGCGUAUGUCCAUAAACUACAGCCACGUAUUGCUACAACGGGAAUGUAAUGGUCACAAAAAUUGCUCAAAAGCGCGGAAUAUUGGUACGCAGGUCGGCAUAUAGGCAUUCACAGUUUAUUUUUCUACGUCUUGUUGCAUUCAUGUAAAAGAUGUUCUUCGAGGUUUUUAUAAUUUAUUCAGCGGAAUUCUAUAAUUAUUUUAUGUCUCAUAACUUCUCUAUGAAAUGUGAGUUGGUACGCGUUGCGUCUG